UAGAAGCAGAGGGAGGCUCUCACCACAGCACUGCGCACCAGUAACCUUGUGUGAUGUGAUCAUUAACCUUUCUGGAAAGCGCAGCUGGCAGUUCUCCGAAGUUUGUCAUUAGAAUGUGAGGGAGCCACACAGAUAUUGCACAGACCAGUCAAGGAUUGGUUUACUUGGAGAGCUACUGCUCGACUUGAGAGUGGCAGAAAAAUGAGAAUGCAACAAUUCUUUUUUGUAUUUUUACUUUUUAUGAUGAGUCUUCUUCUUAGCGACGGACAGAGACCAGCUAAUUUGGUAAUGAGAAGAAAACUGCACAGACACAACUGCCUUCAGAGGAGAUGUAUGCCUCUCCAUUCACGAGUGCCCUUCCCCUGAGAUCUUCUCUAACCAACUUCACCAAGUCUGCCAGAAGAGGAGUAAAAGAAAGACACUACUCACCCGCAGGAGAGUGUGAUUUCAUAGAAGCUCCUGUACAAAAGGAAUCAUCCGAAAGCACCUAGGAUGGUUUAUUAGUUUCACAGGAGUCUCUUCUUUCUGGUUCUCUUUAAAGGAAAAUAACAUAAAUUUAAAAGCAAUUUCACUCUGAAGCACAAUUAUUUGCCUGUAUAACAAAAAUAUCUUUUUUCUACACAUAAUUAUUUUUACAUGAGUUAAAAGAAAAAUACUUUUUAAUGUUUAGAACUCUUAAUAAUAAAAAGUGCAAGAACUGAAAUUUUUCUUUCAUAUCUUAUAAUUCUCCAAAAGUAUCAAAAUAGGGCCUCCCCUGGUGGCACAGGUGGUUGAGCGCCGCGUUGUGAAGCUGUCCACAGCCUCUGCAGCGCCAGUUCGAUCCCGGCCAGCCUGCGAGGGUCCCACAUGGCAUGCAGACCUCUCCUGCUGCCCGCUGCUCCCCUUAGCAGUGUAUUUCGUCAGUCUGCCUGUUCUGUUCUCCACUUUGUCUCUGGUGAAUCCUCUCACCCUCCCGCACAUCUGGUCUGUACCCCGGUUCUUGUAUAAAUAAAUAAACAAAUCUUUACAAAAAAAGUAUCAAAAUAACUUUGUAAAUGUUUGACUGAAUUGAUUAUUUACGUAGGAAGUCUAAGAAAAAAUUAUUAAUUGCUACCAAUUUUAUAUGAGAGCCUUUAGUGUUUAUGAACCUAUUUUUUAGUUUGAAUAAUAUUCAUUUAAAAUUAUAAAAGAAAG